CUAUUUAGAACUGUAUCAUAACCCUUUAUAUGCUGAAAUGGUUCUUUAUGUUAGAGUUUAUUGAUCUUUUUUCCCGCUUUUUUGUUUUUCAAAUCUGUAACUGUCAAAGCCACCUCAUUACUGAUUUUCUGGAGCUCAGCAGCCAUCUAAUUACACAGACUGUCAACACGCUCUCAAUAGGUAAAUUAUUUCUUUCUUAACUUUAAAGUUGUUACUAGUUUCCUACCAGUCAUGCCUUUUUCUCUUUUUAGUUUAACAGAGCAUGUAAGUGUGAGCAGCUCCGUUCGUUUAAGGAUAGGCCUAUUUAUCUUCUCUUCUCCACUAAGCAACAGAGAUAUUGAAUUUAUGAUCCAUAUUGUUAGAUUUUUUUAAAUUACUACUUUAUGCAUAAAUAUACCCAGCCACAAAAAAACAUUAAAGCUAUCACAUGACUUUAUAUAUUUUCCUUCUAACAUUGUAAAGGGCUCACAUACUGUCCAUUUUUGCUAAUUUUGGCCUUCAUAAUAGUUUUUACAUAAACAAAUAGCAGAGACACACUGUAACUGUAAAGAUACUAAUAUACUAAUAUUAAUUUUAAAACAAACUAUUAAUAAAAGGCUAUUUAUAACACCAUUAAGGUCCUAUAUAGCAUUUUCAAAUCAUGGUUCUUUAUGGAACCUUAUAAAAAGGGUUCAAUUUAGCACCAAAAAGGGUUCUGCUAUUGUUACAAGCCGAAGAACCAUUUUUCUUAAAAGUGUAGUAAUUAAAUUUAUAAUUCUAAUCAAGGGAAAGUAAAAUGGCAUAGCAUAACUGAAAGCUGAGAGGGCGACACCAAGACCAAAUGGGUAAAGCCAGAGUAGCAGAGUAAAAGUAAUAUAGUGUCUGUAUGCAAAUUCAGUGGCAAAGCAAAAAAGCCAACGCCGUGUGGAGGACUGUACCAGUAGUGUAGCUGGCUUGUGUUGCCUGGUCUCCUUUUACAGCUUCCUGCCAUGUAUGCUAUUUUAAAGAGACACAGCUGCACCUGACAAUUUCCUGCAGAGAGGGCAGGACUGUACGCUGAUCUCCACAAACAGAGAGCGAGAGAGAGAGAGGAGAAGAGAAAAGGCGAGAGGAGAGAGAGAGAGAGAGCAGACAGAUGAGUGAAGAGAGGCAUCACUUCUGAGACAAUCUGCGGCACUGGGGGUCAUAAGCAAGUCUGCCUUUCAUCAGCAAGGUCUGCUCAACUGACACAGUGUAAGCAAAGUGACGGACUGCAUUGAAGUGACAGUGUGUGUUCCAUGGAGACAAAAUCAGGGGAUCAAUAGCACUGGAAUACAGCCAAUGCUGGGAUUUUAUUUCUACAAAGGGCACUAAGGCAAUCCAAGUGGACUGCUGGGACAUGUGGCAUCUGUGAAGAUCAGACGGAAAACACAAAGAGACACCUAUAGGAGACACUUCUGAAAGCACAGUUCUCCGUAGCUCAGCUCCAUCAUCUAGAACUGGUGGUUUCAUUAAGAACGAGAACCUCUUUUGUAAUCCAGGACAUUUGCUUUGGCUUCACUUGUGUUGAGUUCUCUGUUAUUGGAACAGGAUCUCUGUGUCGUGCAUCAUUUUAGUUAGGAGGGUAUGGUUGAUCUUCAGGUCGGACGUGAGGCCUGCUGGUUCCCAUGAAGAGGUUUGGCAGUUUGCGUCGGACAAAGAGGCGCAAGGACGACGAGCUGCUCACCGGGAGACGGCAGUCAGAGUCGGCAUGUCCAUCUGGCUCUGGGCUUUCGACUCCCCCCACCACCCCGACGCAGAGUCCAGUUCCACCGGUCUUCCCUAUAGAGACCCCCAGUCCCGUGGAGCGUGUGGAGGAACGCCGUUCCCGCUCUCUCUCGUCUCCCCCUGACACAGGUCAGCGCUUCAGCCUGAGCACCUCCACCACCAAACCCCCUAUCGCCUUGUACACCUUUAACUCUACCUCACGCCAGAGCUGCGUACUUGCUGAAGGCAUGCUGGAAAAACUUGAACUUGAUGAUGAAGCUGCUGAAGAGCCAGACAGUGAUAUUUACAUGCGCUUUAUGAAAUCCCACAAGUGCUAUGACCUCAUCCCCACCAGUUCCAAGCUAGUGGUUUUUGACACUACACUACAGGUAAAGAAAGCUUUCUUUGCCUUGGUUGCUAAUGGAGUUCGAGCUGCCCCAUUAUGGGAAACGAAAAAGCAAAGCUUUGUGGGAAUGUUAACCAUCACAGACUUCAUCAUCAUACUUCACAGAUACUACAAAUCACCACUGGUGCAAAUAUAUGAACUGGAGGAGCAUAAAAUUGAGACUUGGAGAGAACUUUACUUGCAAGAAACUUUUAAACCCUUAGUCAACAUAUCUCCAGAUGCAAGUAUAUUUGAUGCUGUUUACUCACUCAUCAAAAAUAAGAUCCAUCGUUUGCCAGUGAUUGAUCCAGUCACAGGAAACGCCCUGUAUAUCCUCACUCACAAGAGAAUCCUCAAGUUUCUGCAGCUCUUUGUGUGUGAGAUGCCUAAACCAGCCUUCAUGAGGCAGACUCUGGAGGAGCUGGGCAUUGGCACGUACAGCAACAUUGCUUUCAUUCACCCAGAUACACCCAUUAUUAAAGCACUGGGCAUGUUUGUGGAGAGGAGAGUGUCUGCCCUGCCAGUGGUGGAUGUCACAGGAAAGGUUGUGGACAUUUACUCCAAAUUUGAUGUCAUUAACCUGGCUGCUGAGAAGACAUACAAUAAUCUGGACAUCACCGUGACUCAGGCUCUGCUGCAUCGCUCACAGUACUUCGAGGGGGUUAUGAAGUGUUAUCGGCACGAGACCCUGGAGACCAUAGUGAACAGGAUUGUCAAAGCUGAGGUGCACAGGCUGGUAGUGGUGGAUGAUAACUCCAGCAUCGAGGGCAUCAUCUCCCUGUCUGACAUCCUGCAGGCGCUGGUACUCACCCCCGCAGGUAGAUGCAGAAUGGACAGUGUGACCGAAUGACAAGACAUACAACUUUUUGGAGGUGAAAGAGAAACACAAGAAAUUCAGAGAACCAAAAAAGUCCAGCCUGCAUUCCUGGAUACGGAGAAGAGGACAGCUGAAAGCAUUUUAGAUGCUCAUUGAAGGGCUGAAUGAAACCGUUUGAAUCUGCAGCUGAAGGAAUGGACAUGUGAUCAUAAUGCACACAUUACUGGACAUGUUUACGGUGGGCCAGUCGUGAGAAUCUGCCGCUAUACUGUACACUGCUUUAAAUGCUGGGCAUGUUUGCCUGGUCGUGCUGCUGGUUUUAGAGUCCUUCACUGACAGAGCUAUAUCAGGCACAGGGAGGAAGUCUCCUUUUGUGUUCUAGCUGGGUCUGCGUUAUAUCAUCAGGCACUGAAAUCCACUCUUGGCUGAGUGUUUGACGUGGAAAUUUGCCUUAAAUGAAGACCUCAGUGAGAGCUGAUUGGAAAGGUUAACAGAGACCCACAGAUGUGCAUGUAAAAGCAGGUUCGUGAUCCUUGAGCAAUAGGCAAAAAUUGCUGUUGGUUAAAAGAACCUGCUAGUAAAUGGUGCAAAUGUAGACUCUGUAGUCAUGUGGCCAUUAUAUUUCACCUCAAACUGAAAUAUUAUAUAAUCUCACACCAUUAUUUUCAUAACAAUUAUGUAAUAUUGAAUAACGCAGUAAAAAAAUUGUUCUUUUAAAUUCUGCAUAAAUUACAGGAAUUAGAACAAGUACUAUAAUAUAUUUAAACGUGUACAGUAAGAGAAUAAGACAAUAAUUAAAAUAGCAGGGAAAUGCACUUAAUUGUCAUGAAAAUAAUGUAACGAGCAAAAAAAAAAAAAAAAAAUCUGUGGUCCUGUUUCUUUCAAUUUUGAGGUGAUAUGACCUGGACAAAUUCUUGAAUGAGAUACAUCUGAAUACGGUUGAUUUGCCUGUCAGCACUGGCCUAUUAGGCUAAUAUGUCUACUGUAUGAAUUGUUUUUCACCUUGUUAGUCAGUGGAAUAAUGAAUGUACUACCACACCGCGUACACACUGACUGUCAUGGGCUGUAUUUUUACUGGAACAAAGAAUGUGUAAUGAAAAGAGACUAUAUACAGAGCCUUAUUUUUCUAUCAUGACUAUCUCUAGUGUUUGGCUUGUGUGGGAAACCAUGUGCACUACCUGUCUUAAUGCACUAAAAGAGCAUGAAUGUCAAAGCUUGCAGUUUCAAAAAUGGCCACGCAUCUUUGCACCCCAGUGAUAUGCUGAGCUACUGUAAAUACAACAUGUCAUGUAAUGGAUUCAAAACUGAUAAAUCAUGUAUUAUUUGAUUACAUUUUUCAUUAUUAUAACUGCUGUCAGUGGAAUUUAAGACUGUUCUGUCCAGAAAGAAAGAAAUGUACAUUUUUGUACACAGAAAUGACACUAUUAUAUUUUUUAUGUGGUUGAGCUAAAAUAUAUUGAUAAUGCAUUAA